AAAUAAGCUCAACACACCUGCAAAAUAAAAAAAGGUGGGUCAGAAAGAAGGUACAAUUGCUCAGACUAGUAGUCAUAAUACAUUUAACCUGCUGGACCAACCCAUGGAGCCAAUCGCUGCUACAACCAUCCCCACACCUGCAGAAAUUAUAGAGGAUCUCCAAAUUACAAACAACUACAGUACAAAAGAUCUCUUCCCAUCCCUGUCAGAAGCAAAGGCAUAUGCUAAGAGGAGAAUUGCUCCUAGGUCCCCUAGGAAUUCAUUUAGGCACAUCCCAUCUUCUUUGGAUGACUGUCUUCAUUCUUGCCCAGAUAUUGGAUUAGGCAUAUUACUGGACUCUUUGGAAAACCACAAAAUAUCAGGGGAGGCCCAAUUUCAAUUUGGACUAAUCUCUCUUACUAAGGCUAAUAGAGUGGAUUUUGUUGCUAUCUUGGAACCAAUGGCUAAAGAACAUAAGGUGAAUUCAGUUAGGAUGAGUCUGGGUGUCUCUAACUGUGCUACUGCUCUAAAUAACAAAUUAUGGGUCUUCUGGAGAGGGGACAGACUUAUUCUCACCCAGGUCCAAGAGUUCACUCAGAUGUACACUUGCCAUUUCUGGGACAGCAAUCUUAACACAAAAUGGAGCAUUACCUCAGUUUAUGGGAAACAUACAGGCAUCCAAAGAAGAGAAUUGUGGUCGGAUCUCAUAAAUAACAUCAUUAAAGACCAUUUUUGGAUAGUUGGAGGUGAUUUCAAUGCAAUAAGCUCUUUGGAUGAACAUAAAGGUGCUACAACCCCCUCUCUUGUUGACCUGAAUGAGUUCAAGGAUUGCACUGAAGCCAUACCCCUCCUUAGCCCUCCCUUCUCAGGGGGCAUAUUCACAUGGAGUGGAGUAAGGAGUAGGGGCAAAAUCUGGAGAAGACUUGACAGAGCCCUAGUGAACACUUGUACUAUGAAUUUCUUCACUGAAAUCAACAUCAAACAUUGCAGCAAAGCGUCCUCUGAUCACAAGGCUCUAAUUCUCCUAUGCACCAUAGAUAACUACACUGGGGCCAAACCUUUCAGAAGUCAAGAUUUCUGGUUCAAUCACCACUGUUUCUUCAGGGUGGUGAAAGAAUAUUGGGUUAAUCAGCCCAUGACUGGAGAGAUGAAAGGCCUUGCUACAAAACUAAGAGGGCUCAAACCUAUUCUUAAAGCCUGGAGUAAAGAGACAUUUAGAGACAUCUUUCAGGCUGUCAAGGAUGCAGAAAGCAAAGCAAUGAAAGCGCAGGAAGAUUUUGAAGGCAACCCAAGAGAUGAACUAAGAACUCCAGCCAACAAAGCAAAUGCUGAGCUUAUUGAAACUAACAAUAGAGAAACCCAAUACUGGAAGCAAAAGGCACACAUUAAAUGGAUGGAACUAGGUGAUCAAAGCACUUCUUACUUCCAUUCAUAUGUGACAGGCAGAAGAAGCGCACUAAAGAUCACAAGCAUUUUGGAUGGAAAUGGAAAGAAGACUUUGGAGCUAUACAUCAAAAUUGGCUUUCACCUGCAUUCACAAUGCCCACUCUGCAAAUCAUGGGAAACAAAUGUUAACCAUACCCUUCUCCACUGUGAAUUCAGUAUCAACAUUUGGAACUUCUUUGCUAACCUCCUACAAGGACCAAGAGCAAGAGAAGGUAUCACACUGAGACAACAUUUCCUAGAAUGGGGUCUUAGAGCAAAUAGUAAGACACAAAGAGGUAACUUGAGAAUGGUUAUACCUGGUAUUAUAGCAUGGAACAUAUGGAAAAUAUACAGUGCAGCAAUCUACAAUGAAGAUAGCCCUGCUAUGUCUACAGCGCUAAAAGGAAUUAAAACAACCAUUCAGCAAUGGAAUUGGCUACAUAGGAAAAAGAGCUGGAUGAUCAGAGACCAAGAAUUAUACGACUUGGGGUUUGAAAUCUUCAGCCUCAGUGGGAAGUACUUACAUGUGGAUAAGAUUGGGAUUCAUAGCACGCAUUCGAUUAAGAGGAGGGGAGUCAACUGCGAUUUCACUGAAGGAAUUUCCCCAUAGAAGCGAAGUCAUCUCCAAGAUCAAUAUUCGACCUGGAACUCACCGAUGGAUAGACUUAAUACCAAACACUCAGCGGAAGAGGAGACAAGAAUUGAGUCUGCAAAUUGAAAUGGAUCCUUUCCUGGUUUUUAGAUUUGUCUUGUCAUAUUUUGUCCUACCUUCGGGGCUUCGGUCUAGUCCUCCCCGAACGUGUAUUCACAUUUUUAAUUAAUAAAGCUGGUAAGUGCGG